AUGGCCUCACUGGUGAACAAGGCAGUGAGAGCAAGAGCUCAGAAGCUAAAGGAACAAUCCCAAACCCUCCAGAACAAAAUCGAUAAGAUAAAAGCCGAACAAGCCAUGCUCAAUGCCCAGCACAAAAUGAAACUAAUUAACAAAUUGGAGUCGGCCAAACAAAACCGCUUGGAACACCUACAAAGGCUUCAAUCCAAAGCCCGAAGGACCUCCCUCCAGGUGAACCGCCGGCUUUACAAAGAUGCAAUCACCAAAUCCAUUACCCCAGUAUUGGUCAAGUUGAGGUUGGUGCGUUUGCAGCAAUGUCCACUUGAAUCACACCAAUAUCACUACCUCGUCAAAAAUCAUGAACAUGUGUUUUUCAAGACAACGGAAUCAAUUCUUGUAUUGUUGGGCUAUAAGAACCCUAGAGUUUACACUUAUACUUAUUUUUUAGUGGCCGAUUUGUACGAUUCCAUAAGGGAUAACACUCACUCGGGCUUGAAUGUCAACCAUACCAAUAAGACCGUUAACCGGCAAGUCAACCAUUUGUCGUUGCUUCUUUACAAGUUAUCGCUUCAGCUCCAAAAUGAUUUCAACAAUAUGGUUUCCCGAAACUCUCCCAUGGAAUUAUUAGAUCCAUUGAACUUGCUCAGGCUUCGCUUCAGUAGGACUUUCUACUGGUUCAACCAUUAUUUCGACUUAUUCAGGUUAUUGCAUUACCAAAAUUUGUCCAUAAUCCUCAAAGAUGCCUUACACAUUGUCAAUCAGCAAUUGGUUAUCUUUCAUGAUAAGACAUUGAUGAAGCAUAAGCAGUUUUUGUUGAAGCAAUUAACUUUGAGUCCCCCCAAUCUUGAUUUGACUGCUUGUUCACUGACACUCGAGAAGCUUUCUAGUAUACGUGAGAUCCGUGGAGCCAUUCACCUUCGAUACAGCUCCGAUAUCCACAUUCCUGAAAGCUUACAUGUGUGCUGGAUUUCCUUUAAUGUCCAUAAGAUUGUCACUCCCCCGUAUGUUGCUUUGAAGCGCUGGAGACAGUUCUUUUUCGAUAAGUGGAUAUCCCUGAACAGCCAAUUCAGGUUUCAGACUGGACGAGUGGCCUCCACUAACAAGAAUCUAGAUAACUACGACUUGUUGAAGAGUGUUACAAUUCCUUCUGAAUUGAGUGUUUCUCGUCUCAAUUUAUUCAUAAAGAACUUUCAGCUAGUAACAGGUUGCCAGUUGGAACCCGUUCAAGAUAUUUCCCAGGUGGAUGAUCUCAAACAACUGAUACUUGCUGUAGGGCAUCUCAGCAUCGACCCGGCAUCGAUAUUUGACUUUUCCAGCUUUGAAAUCAGUCUUCUCAGCUACUGGAUCAAACACUUUUCAUUUCUGUUUGAGAAAUUCCAAGUGUUCGAGAACAUCUUACCCUUUUUGAAUAACGACAAAUACACCCCCGAGCUUGGCACCGCUUCUCCUAGCCUACGGUUUCCAAGGUUUUACAAUUUCCUUGUUUCCAAUGGUGUUCGGUUUAGUUUCACCAACCUUAACUUAUGUAAGUUUUCCAUGCUCAGCUUCAUUUGCACUCAACAGAUUAAAACAUUGCAGUUCUUCACGCGGUUAUUUCUACACAACCUUGUAAAAGGAGAAUUGGUGGUUGACGAGCUCAAUACACUCGUGUUGGAGCAUUUAAAGGAGUUCCAACUACAGGCGAAAGCCAUCAUCAACAAUGUAGUCCACCACCAACUCGCCACGGCCUACCGCGGCCAAACAAGCAGUUUUCUGCGUCAUGUGACUCUCGUGCAGUUCACCCAACUCCAUGGUGGGCCCAAAUCUCGGGUCUACAGGGUGGUAGCAUCAAGGUUUAUUGAGGGCAUCUUACUGCGGUCGGCAAACGGUAUCUUCGAUGCCCAGAGAGCCGAGAUGGAGCGAUUUUGUCGCUCAUUCCACCGCCUUUUUAGAUAUUACUAUGGGAUAUUGCACCCCACUCUCAACUGGAUCUACCAAGACUUGGGACUCUAG